AUGAACAUUGUUCGCGCGCGCGUGUGUACUAAACCCAUCAAAAUUGCUUCAACCAUUGCGCAUUUGCAACGUGCCGAGUCACUGAUGUCGGCCAAUCUGCCGAAUGUAUCGGGCGGUGACCCGCGGUCUGGUAAAAUGUCGAGACGCAAUGGCACGGAGCCUUUAAAACGCUUCACUGAAGCGAAGAAGGCCAUAGGUGAGAUUUAUAACGAUCUGGAAGGGUACGUCAGUGAUUUGUCGACAUUUUAUCACGAGGUUAUCAAUGGGCAAAACAUCGUGCCCGAGCAGCAGAUGGGUGAGGUGGAGCGUUUUAUGGAUACGAUCAAAACCAUUAAGGAGAUAUUCCAUCGUGACACCAUGAAGGUGGUAUUCUUUGGCAGGUGGUUAUUAUUUUUUAAAUUUAUUCUUAUUUAUUACUAUUAUUUUUUUAUUGUGUGUAGUAUUAUGAUAAUGAUGAUUGUAAUUAUAGAACGAGCAACGGAAAAAGCUCAGUGA